UCAGAAAAAUUGGGGUUCUCUUAUGUAUCAAUCAAUUCCGCUGAUUUUACUGCUUUACAAACUUGAAAAACAAUUCUCCAUGAUUUUGGAAUUAUUUUGAAGAACUAGAAAGAUCUCUUGGCAUUUUUUAGAGGAAUUUUCACAGGAUGAAUGCACCUCCAACGUUUGAAUCGUUCCUAUUGUACGAUGGGGAGAAAAAAAUUAUCAAGGAACAGGACACAAAAGUGCCGAAUGCGGCGAUUUUCACGGUUAAUAAAGAGGAUCACACCCUUGGAAACAUGAUCAGAAAUCAAUUAUUAAAAGAUCCCCACGUUCUCUUCGCUGGUUACAAGGUUCCUCAUCCUCUGGAGCACAAAUUCGUCAUCAGGAUUCAGACGACAUCGGAUUACACCCCCCACGAGGCAUUCAUGCACGCAAUUACAGAUUUAAUUGCAGAAUUGUCGCUCUUUGAGGAGAGAUUCAAGGAUGCAAUAAAAGAGAAGAAAGAAGGUCUAGAUUAAAGCCAAGAACCCGUAUAAAUACUUAGAAAUUAAGAAACUGACUUAAACUCGUAAAUAAACCAUAAUUUAUUGACAAACUUCUACAAAACGUUAUUGCGCCUUAAAUUCUGCAAAUUCUGGUGUCAAAAUUCUCCAACAACUCUGCGUGCAAGGAACAUGACAAGAAGUCUUAUGUACACGUAAUCGAUAAUAAAUAUUAAAUAGAUCGA